GAAACUGUCACAUCAGUCAGUGUCAAACUGUCAAAUAAGUCCAUAUCAAAAAACAACCAAUUUCAUUUUCCAAAAAUUGAAAAUUAAGUUAUGUAAAACAUAGCUUUAGUAAAUAUUGCUAAUUAUGAUAUCAUUUCAAAAGGUAAAUAAUCUUUUUUUCAAAACACAAUUUAAAAAACGUUUUUUUCGGCAUGUGCAUUCGGAACAAAAAUUACGGGUUCUAUACCCAUUGGAAAGUAAAAAAAUAUUAAAAAUUAAUGGUAAAGAUGCACCAGUGUUUCUACAAGGACUCAUCACUAAUGACAUGCGGCAUUUUGAGGAAGGAGCAAAAUCUAUGUAUGCCAUGUUUUUGAAUAACAAGGGUAGAGUACUCUAUGACACCCUUAUUCAUAAAUGGAAUGACGACGCUUUCAUGAUAGAAUGUGAUAAGAUAGUGCUGAGCAUGCUACAGAGACAUUUAAGAAUAUACAAAUUAAAAAGGCUAGUUAAUAUAGAAGAUGUAAGUGAUCAGUUCAGGUUAUGGGCUUUCAUAUCAUCAAAUGAAAAAGUUGACACCAAAAUUGAUUAUAAAGAUGAAAUUGAUAUUUAUAAAGAUCCACGACUUUCAAAUCUAGGUUAUAGAGUGUUAUCAUCAAUAUCUAUAAAGGAACCCCAAAUAGCUGACAUAUUUGGCAAUGAUGUUACAGUUGACAAGAACGAGAUUGGUUACAAGUAUUUGAGACACAGGUUAGGUGUAAGUGAAGGGGCUGAAGACUUACCGCCUGGUACAUGUUUUCCUUUGGAAGUCAAUUGCGACUAUCUUCAUGGAGUAAGCUUUCAUAAAGGCUGCUAUAUUGGACAAGAGCUGACAGCACGAGUUCACCAUACUGGUGUGGUUCGUAAACGAAUCAUGCCAUUAAAAUUCCAUGAAAAAAUAAGUGAGAAUUUGGAAAAAGAUACUGUGAUCUCAGUUAGUGGUCAAACUAAAUCUAAUAUAGGAAAACUGAAAAGUUAUAGCCAAGAUUAUGGACUAGGUUUAGUUAGGAUAAAAGAGGCUCUUGAUGCAAAAGCUUUAAGUGUUGGCAAGCACACAGCAGAAGUAAUUAAACCUAUUUGGUGGCCUAUUGAAGCACCUAAAGAGAAAGUAAUGGUUACCAAAAUGGAAUGAUUUACUGAUGCAAGAUUCUAAGCAUAAAGAGGACACAGCACCAGUAGUCUAUAAUUUUCAAUGUGUAAAUUGCAAUAUGAAUGAAAAAGCAAAUUACAAAGGGAUAAAACCUCCUUUCUCACGCAAUAUAGUACUGAAAUACCCAAGCUAUGUUAUGAAGGAUCCCUUUAGCCCCCCAGGAACUGGAGAAAUACUUGUACUGGGUGCUGAUUGUGCUAUGUGCAAUAAAAGUGUUUGUAUAAACAAAGAUUGUAGUUUAUUCUAUCAAAAAACAUAUUGUUUAGAUUGUGUUAAUAAUUCUUUAGAUAAGUUUCCUGCAGAAGUUUGUAAUAAAAUUAGUCAACUGAAAAGAACUUAAUAUAUACACUAUUGUUAC